ACAACCAACAGGUGGGUUCGCAACAAGGAGAUGAAGAAUGGCUUGAAAAUAAUCAAACUAACCGAUCCCAACUUCCUACGUACAUUGGAAAACUCAAUAAGGAUUGGAAUGCCUGUGUUGUGCGAGGAGUUGGAGGAAACUUUGGACCCGGCGCUCGAACCUGUGUUGCUUAAACAGACGUACAUGUCGGGAGGUCGCAUGUUGAUACGGUUGGGCGACUCGGACAUCGAUUACGACAAAAACUUCCGUUUCUACAUGACGACUAAACUGGCCAACCCACACUAUCUGCCUGAAGUUUGUAUUAAGGUAACAAUAAUCAACUUCACGGUGACGAAACUCGGGUUGGAAGAUCAAAUAUUGAGCGACGUUGUUCGACUGGAACGACCUGAUCUUGAGGAACAGAGGAACCAACUUAUUCUAAGGAUCAACGCUGACAAAGCCCAGUUAAAGUCGAUUGAAGACCAGAUCCUUAAACUCCUGUUUACAUCGGAGGGAAACAUCCUCGACAACGAGACGCUCAUCAACACGUUGAACGAAUCCAAGUUGACGUCGGGUGUGAUAUCGAAGAGGUUGGUUGAAGCUGAGGCGACCGAGAUCAACAUAUCGGAAGCUCGGGAAAAAUACCGCCCGGUUGCCACUAGAGGCUCCGUCCUCUUCUUCGUUGUUGCCUCGUUGAGCGAGAUUGACCCAAUGUACCAAUUCUCCCUCCAAUAUUUCAACAAUAUAUUCAACACAACCAUUGUGAACGCCGAACCCGCUGAUAAUUUGGAUAAAAGACUCAAACUUUUGCUGGUUGACACAACGUUCGCGAUCUAUCGAAACGUUGCUCGUGGUUUGUUUGAACGCCACAAACUCAUCUUCAGUUUCAUGGUUUGCAUCGACAUCAUGCGACAACGAGGAUCGAUAUCCGAUGACGAGUGGAAUUAUUUCCUCCGGGGGGCGACGGGGAUCGAUAAGAAACGACCACCCAAGCCCGAUGUUGAUUGGUUGACAGAGGAGGAUUGGAUCAAAUGUGUCGACUUGGAGGAAAAUCUCGCUUGUUUUAAAGGUUUAACCGAAGAUAUAACGAGAACACCGAUAUAUUGCGCACUAGGGGAGCUAGAGAUACGUCUCAACCCUGCCACGUCAGAUACUUAUUCGGUCCCCGACCCUCCUCCUUACGACAAGGAGGAUGACUCGGAAGUUAUUGGACAUUGGGAGGAGCGACUCAGCAUGUUUCAAAAGUUGAUGCUGAGCAAAAUAUUUAAGGAGGAGAAGGUCGUGUCAUGCAUCACUGACUUUGUGGUCGUGAACAGCGGAAAGGAGUUCGUCGAGAACCCCCCGAUCACAUUAUCCUCAUUGUACGCCGAUAUGACCAACGUCGUGCCCUUGGUGUUCGUGUUAAGCACGGGUUCCGACCCCAUGGGGGCCUUCCUAAGGUUCGCCAAGGAGAGGGAUUACACAGAUAAAUAUCAAGCUAUAUCUCUGGGGCAAGGUCAGGGCCCAGUAGCAGAGAAACUGAUGACAGCGGCUCGUGAGAGUGGGGGGUGGGUGUUCCUACAAAACUGUCAUCUUGCUAAGUCGUUUAUGCCACGCCUUGAAGAAAUAUUUAAAGAAAUGAAGGAGAUGGGACCCGACAUGAUUCACGACGACUUCCGUCUCUACUUGAGCUCGAUGCCGACAAAUUUCUUCCCGGUUACCUUGUUACAGGGGUCCGUUAAGGUGACGAACGAGCCGCCUAAAGGUCUUCGUUCCAACAUCCGAGGAGCUUUUGCGUCCGUCACGUCGUCUUUCUUCGAGGAUCAUUCAAUCGGGGUCAACUGGAGGCGGAUGAUCUUCGGGAUUUGUUUCUUCCACGCCGCAAUACAGGAGCGUAAGAAGUUCGGCCCUCUUGGUUGGAACAUUCGUUACGAGUUCACGGACAGCGAUCGCGAAUGUGGGUUGCUGAACUUGGAGUUGUUUUGCACCGAGGAUCGAAUACCUUGGGAUGCACUCAUUUAUAUCACGGGUGAGAUCACUUAUGGUGGGAGGGUCACCGAUGCGAUCGAUCAACGAUGUUUGAGGACCAUACUGUCGAGAUUCUUCCGCGAAGCGACUCUUGACCCCGAUUACAAAUAUUCGGAUUCGGGCGUUUACUUUGCCCCAAGUUACGACACGUUGGCCGAAUAUCAAGAAUAUGUCAACAGUCUUCCUAUAAACGACGACCCGGAGAUAUUUGGGAUGCAUAAUAAUGCUAACCUCGCUUUCCAGAAACAAGAGACACACAACUUGAUCACAACCAUCCUUGAGGUUCAGCCCCGCACCGCAUCAGGGGGAGGAGGGAAGACAAGCGAUGAAAUUGUCGAAGAAUUGUCCGAGAAUAUUCUGGAAAAGAUGAAGAUAUUCACCCUUGAUCUUGAUAAGGCUGAACAGUCGAUGUUUAAGCUUGAUUCAAAGGGGAGAGUCAACUCUUUAACCACGGUGCUCCAGCAAGAAGUUGAAAGAUUCAAGAAACUUCUUCGUGUGAUAAUCGGAUCGUUGGAAACGUUGAAGAAAGCAAUCGCUGGCUUGGUUGUGAUGAGCGAACAGAUGGAGAUGAUAUACACAAGUUUCAUCAAUAACCAGGUCCCCACAAUGUGGGAAAACGCAGCCUUCCCGUCCCUUAAACCCCUCGGUUCGUGGGUAAAGGACGUAAUCCUCCGUCUACAUUUCACCCAACGUUGGUUGGAACAAGGUCCACCAAAGUCUUUCUGGAUAUCGGGUUUCUUCUUCCCGCAAGGUUUCCUCACUGGCGCCCUCCAGAACCACGCUCGUCGCUACGACUACCCGAUCGAUCGACUUAGUUUCCACUUCCACCCGAUGUCGCUGUUCAGGGAUCAGGGGGAUUACCACGAGGGACUUUCCCAACUUGGGUUCGGGGAAGAACAUGAAGCUGACAAGGAGUUACCCGAGAUAACCGACGGUGUGAUCAUCCAUGGAUUGUUCACCGAUGCGUUCCGCUUCAACACGGAUGACUGCAUUAUGACAUCAGAGUUGGAUCGUGUAAUGAACGAGAGGAUGCCAUUGUUACAUAUGGAGCCAAAGAUGGACUUCACGCCACCUGACGAGGAUUAUAAAUGCCCGUUGUAUAAAACAGGGGCGAGAGCUGGUGUGCUGUCAACUACUGGUCACUCAACGAACUUCGUUGUUUCGGUUCACCUACCGACCAAUCAGCAUCCAGAUUUCUGGAUAUCACGUGGAUCCGCUCUCCUCUGUGGAUUGGCUGAUUAAGUCACAUGAUCAACCCAUAAAGUCACGUGACAACUUGUAUAUAUUUGUGUUUUUUAGAAAUUUUAUUUUUCGAUAUAAAAAAGUAUAAGAUUUUGCUGGAAUAAAUAUUUGUUUGGAACAAUGUGGUUUUAUGACGAGGUGAAUGUGGUUUGUUACGUCACAAGAGCGAUAACAAUAAUUGCUACGUCAUAUUGAGAGAGAAAACACGUGAUUUUUAAGUCCUGCGUGCUCACAGAAAUAAAAAAGAGUAGAACGCGCAUCUCUAAUGUCGGUAAAGGAGAGAGCAUGAUACACUCUCUUUCUUUCGCGACUCGUUCCCGUUUAAUAUAGUGGUCAAAUCCUAAACAAGUGG